GUUGUGAAAAUUUUACAUUAUCAGUCAUGACUUUGAUACCAUCCUCCAUCAUCCAAUAGCACACCAGCACACUCUAAGCAAGCAGCGUAUGUGUUCCUUACAGCCAAAGACCAUCGGCAAGCAACAAAAGUUGUACAAGUGAAGGCUUUGAUGCCGCAAAGCUACAGCAUGAUAAAGCAUCCCACCUUGUGUGAUCUACAAGCAUUAUAUGUGACAACAGCUGAAUGUCACAGACCUUCACACGGCAGGUCUCACAAUUGCAAGCAGCUGCGCUUCAUAGUCACUGGUCAAAAAUACCGUCUGCUUUGCAUCUGUAUACAUACAGCUUUAUUGGCUUGCACUACGGCCACUUCAGCUGCGUGUACAGAGCACCUUAACGCUUUGCUAGGGUCCUGAUUGCUUCCAAAAAUCUUUGAAUUGACAUCCUAGACACCACAAGGCUGCAUCAGGCUGGAGAGGGCGCUGUUGCACUGCCUCGGAACAUUUGCUGCACUGGCCACCUCCAAUACACCCCAAGCUUAUGUACAGCCGAGCCUGACAAACGCUAACCCCUGGAUCAUUGUGAGGCGGUCGGUAGGUAUCAAGCAAAUAACAGUGAGGAGUCC